AUGAAUCAUAUAUCUUCUCCCUCUGAAAUUCUACGAACCGAUCUCGCACGCACACUAGGCUUUCCCAACUAUCCACACGAUGCCGCCGCCGAACCGUACCUCAAUUACCUUACGAACCGAUGCAUUGGUAGUGAUACAACGGAGGCAUAUAUCGAGCUACUCAUCAUGGUAGUCAAAUACUUUGACCGAGCUCCAGCUGAUUCGUCGGCGAUGAAGAGUGUUCAGGGGUUGCUAGAUGUUGUAUCUUCAUCCCCUGCAUACGCACAACGGAACCACGAAGACAUCGAGGAUACUGUGCUAUACGUUAUCGGCACUUGGACGCUGCUUCUGAGCUCAUUUGUUCAUCUGCCGAUGGCUGGUGGUCUUCGCAAGGUUACGGCUACCUACAACCUGCGGACUCAAGGCAGCGCCUAUGGAAGCCAACCGUACAGAGAAGACUUGGUUGGAUUGGUAGUGGGCAGUGGCCUACUGCCAGUUCCCAUUCACUAUCUGCCCGUCGACCACACAAUACGCAAAGACGGGUCGUUGCAGACUGCUGCAAUGCUACCGCCCUUCCUACGACCAUUGUCAGCUUCGUUUUCGACCAGCCAAUUCGACGCUGGAGCGUCUGCCUCUACCUACAUCGAUGACGACCUACAAAGACGUGUGUCAUUAGGCUUUCUGCACGACUUGGAUUCUUUGGAAUCCCUUACAAUCGACGCGACGCGGCUCAAUGCCUAUACAUUGAACGUCUUCGGAGCGGUGGAUGUUGCAUGGACGCACAAUGUUUCCAGGCAUCUGUCGCUAUCGAAACGUGACGGGCGACAUAUCCUUGAGAUCUUCAGCUUGCCAUGUGCGCUAGAUGCUACUUCCCUCAAGCUGGGCGGCAUCACCACUGAACUUGCUCAAGAGAUAAGGGAGACGUACGCAUUGUUGUUCAACGCCUCACACGAAAUUCCACGCCAUGUAAAGCAUGCGCGAAUCUUGGGUAUUGGAUCCUUUUGCUGGUGCCGUUACUGCUCGAUGCGACGACACCGCAAUCGUGCCAUUAUGAGUUACAAGAGAUUCACUCAACACCGGGCGCCAGGCGCUAAGAGAGCUCAACGAACACACAAAUCUGAGUAUGACCCUUUGCUGUUUGAAUUGAUGACCAGUGAACCCUCUGACUGGACACCGGAUAUGUUCCCUCAUCUCUGGGCUCGUAUUGUGAUCUUGGAGGGGCAUCUCGAGGAAGCAAAACCUUGGAGCGUGUGGGUUCUGUUCCGUGAUCGCAGAGAUACUCUACAGUUCUGGACAUUCUUGUAG